UUUGGUGACGCCGGGAGGACCUUUCCCGGGAAAGCACAAAUCUCCCGGAGGCACUUUCGCCGUUCUCCUUGGGAGUGCUAGGUAGGCAGUCCGCAAAGCGAUCCGAUUGGAGUCGCUGAGACUCGUGUGGUCGUGUCGUUGAGCCGUUUGAGUGACUCUCGCGAGUGACGCGCUCUGCUCUGCGUCGGUAAAGAUGGACGUGCGUACGGUAAGCUUCGUGUCGGGUGGAGUUGAGCAGGCGAUGGAGUUAAGCACGCUGCAGCAUCAGCAGCAGCAGCCGUCUAAGCAGGCUGGUGGUGCGGGUGUGCGUGCCGAACGCAGUAUCUCCGGUACCGAAAGCACAAAGCCAGUACCGACAGUACUCGGUGGACCGAACCUCUUUGCACCUUCCGCCGUUAGCUCACAGCUUCAGCGUCCACAGCCUACGGUGUUAGCGGCAUCACCAGCGCCACAGCCACCACUCGCUCCUGUCUUACCUUCUGUUGUUACUGCGCCUCCGGCCCGUCCAUCUCAACCUCCGACGACUCGCUUUGCUCCAGAACCACGUGCCGAGGUUAAGUUUGUGCCUUCGGUGCCGCUCAAGACACCGCCGGUACGUCCUUUGCUGCCACAGCAGCAGCAACAUCCGCAUCAGCGUGACACUGGUCCGGCCCUGUUUCCGGCCCCAAUUGCCCAUCGGCCACCACCCAUCGCUCACCAACAAGCUCCCUUUGCAAUGGAUCCAGCACGGCCCAAUCCUGGCAUGCCGCCGGGGCCACAAAUGAUGCGUCCACCCGGUAACGUUGGACCGCCCAGAACGGGAACACCGACACAGCCACAGCCACCGCGCCCGGGCGGUAUGUAUCCUCAGCCUCCAGGCGUACCGAUGCCUAUGCGGCCACAAAUGCCACCCGGACCAGUGCCCGGGAUGCAGCCUGGAAUGCAGCCCCGACCACCGUCCGCACAGGGCAUGCAGCGACCGCCCAUGAUGGGGCAGCCACCGCCCAUCCGUCCGCCCAACCCAAUGGGUGGACCGAGACCUCAAAUUUCGCCCCAAAACUCAAACCUUGGCGGUGGCAUGCCGCCGGGAAUGGUAGGACCGCCUCGUCCCCCCAUGCCAAUGCAGGGUGGAGCACCUGGUGGUCCUCCGCAGGGCAUGCGACCCAACUUCUACAACCGUCCGAUGGGUGACCCUCAGACAAGCAGACCGCCCUCAGGUAACGACAACAUGGGCGGAGGUCCUCCACCAUCAUCCGCCACUCCAUCGGUGGAUGAUGAUGAAGAUGUGGUCAUUGGACGACUCCCAGCAGACAACUCGUCCGCCCUCAACAGUCCCAAUCCGGCGAGAGCUCCGCCGCGCAACUUCACCAUGCCCGGACCGGGUCCGGGCAUAGGCGAGAGGGAAAAAUCCAACCCCUCCAGACCACCGUCCGUGGCCGGCAGCUACGGUAAGCCGAACGACCACGAGCUGGACAGUUCCGGUGGGCGACCACCACUGCACGCGCUGAAGGACUUUAUCAACAAAGAACCGCCUCGUCCAGGGCAGUCGCCCACCCAAUCACCUUCCCCUGGCAGCCAGCAGUCGCUGUCACCGGCAAACACGGACGAAAACUUUAGCUACCGGCCAGGAGCGAAACCAAACUCUGGCCAACAACAACAACAACAGCAGCAGCAGCAACAGCAAUACAAACUGCAACCUCCACCUGGAGGUCGACCGAACGCACCGAACCCAUCAUCGGCCGUUAGCCCCGGUGGAGGACGUGCCGAGGGUGAUAAAGUUACCUUCCAGAUUCCAAACGGCGGUGGUGGUGGUGGUGGUGGCGGUGGUAGAGAGGGAUCACAGGAGUGGAACUCGCGAUCCAGACCUCCACAGCAGCACAGCAUGCUCCGGACUGGACCGAAAUCGCUAGCGCCCGAUCACAAAGGUGACAACGAUAGCGGCGUUGACGAGUACACUCAGGAAAAGGAUCGUCCCAAUGCGCUAGCAUCGCCAGCGUCACCACUGAAGUCGCCGAGCAAGAUACCGGGACUAGCCAGAAGGCCGGAAAACAUUUCGUCCGAAAGCCGAUCGCGGAGCACCUCGAAGCAGCGCGCCAACGCGAAAACACCGGAAACGCCCUCCGACCAGCCGCUAAUCAAAAAAGUACCAAUGAACAAAAUACAGGUCGGUGGGGCACCAUCUCCGAAUCUGAAGGUCGUGAAGUCAAAGAUCGGCUCGCUGGAAAAUGCCAGCCACAAGCCGGGCGGUGGCAAUGUGAAGAUUGAAACGAAGAAGAUCGACAUCAAGGCGGCCCCACGAAUCGAAGCGAAGAAUGAUGCGUACAUACCGAAGGGUGGCGACAAGAAGAUCAUCAGCACAAAGCUGCAGUGGAAUGCAAAGCCCAAGAUUGGGUCGCUGGAUAAUGCCAGCCACAAACCGGGCGGCGGGGACAAGCGCAUCGAGUCGAUCAAGACGGACUUUAAGGAGCGGGCAAAACCGAAAAUCGGUUCCAAGGAUAACAUCACGUACAAACCCGGCGGUGGUGACGUGAAGAUCGUACACCAGAAGCUAGACAUCAAGGCGGAAAGUAAGAUCGGCUCACUGGACAACCUCAAACACAAGCCGGGCGGUGGCGAUAAGAAGAUCUUCGACGACAAGGAGUAUCUGAAGAACAUUGAGCAUCCGAUCACGCCCAGUCCUUCCUCGCAGUUUAAGCGUUCCUCGUCGAUGCGCCGCAUGACGGCCAGCGUGUCGGGGGCGGACCUGUGUCGCAGCAUCGACUACGAGCCGGUGCGGGUGCCACCGCUCGCUACCGCUUCCCUCACCGCUUCCCUCUCCAUCCCCGCGGAGUGUAUCGUGCUGUCCGUGGCGGAUGAGCCGAGCCCGGAGCGCAAGGUGCAGAAGCUGGAACCGACCGAAGCACCGUGCUACAUACGCAAGGAUGGCCGCGCUGUACACCCGAAACCGUUCCGAACGUACUAGGAACGGACUCGAGAAACGAUGCACAAGGAUAUGUUUUGCCGGUGCCGGUGCGAUGAUGCAUCGUGGGGAUCGUCGUAUGGACAACAUCGACAACAAAAGCUUCAAAAGAUGAGUGUAGAAAACGAUUGAUACCCGAAUCUUCCACGCCUACACGAUGCGAACCACAUUUGCAUUAAUAGUCACGGUUGUAGACUAUCUUUUUAGAGUGGAGCCUUUUAAGUAAAGGUAGUAAACGAUCUAAACCCGUUACGCUAGUGCUUUUAUAUGUUUGUAGUUUAAAGCAUUAAUUCAAAAAACAAGCAAGGCUCUAGUAAUUAAAGUCGCCACUAAAGUCUUAGACCGUUCCGUAAAGCCAGUGCGACGCCGCGCGAAAUGAAACCGAUUUCGACCCAACAACUGAACAUCUUUUCCCGGUGGUGAGAAAAUUUGAAAUCAGAAACCGGACCAGAAUAAGCAAACGCAAAAGAAAAAAGGGAUGCUAAAUCGUUAAUCGCCCCAAAUGGAGGACGGACAUUACUGUGCCACUGUUUUCGGUAGCUGAAAAUAGGGCGACAAGUAAUCGAGACAACGACAACACCGUGAUGUGUAGAGUAACGCUGCGUAACGCCUUAACUAAGCUUAAACCGAAGCGCGACACGCGUGUGUCCUUUUAAAACGGAACCGGCUCGCGGAUACAAAACAAAACAAUGCGGAUGAUAACCUAACACUAACUCUAACCAACACUCUAAUUAGUCCCACCCAUUAGUGCAAAAGUGUUUUCCUUUUCCAAUGCCUGCCUAGAUUGGGAAUUCUUUCACACAUUUUGCUGCAAACGAACGACGCCACGACGACGUUGCAAUGUAAAGAAAACGACUUUUGCAAACGGAAACUAGAACACGAGGAUUAGUUUUUGUUUUAUUCUGUAUAGCAAGAUGCAAGAUGUUAGUACGUUUUUGUUUGUUCUUGUGUGUGUUUUUUCUUUGUUUGUUUGUGUUGCUCCUCUUACUACGGCGCACGCACGCCGCGAUGUGUGUGUGUGUGUGUGUGGUUUGUUCUAUGUUUCUUAAGAAGUCCCUCUUAAGCCCUUUUUUCUAUAUGUCGACGCGUUGGCAUUUAAUUAGAAUUCUUGGUUUCUUUUGUUUUCUUUUCUAUCUCUCUCUCUAUAAUCAAAAAGCAAAAUAAAUAUCAAAAUACAAAAAAAUAAUUGUAUAAUCGAAAUAUGCGCCUCUUUCUCUUCUUCUUCUCUAAUGCUCUCACACUUUCACUGUCCCCCCCCCCCCCACACACACACCCACACACUUCUGUCGUUUUGUCUCGCAUUCUCUCUCUCCUCUUUCGAAAAGCCUGAUCUUCAAACAAGCAAACGGAAACAGAAAAUGGAUCCUAAUAAAUGCUGCCGGUAGGAAUUGCUCCGAAGGAGAGAUUAACCAAACCGUAACGCCUAAGCCUAUCGGUAAUUGUAAUACAAAUGUAAAAUGUCAUGAUUGUGCAUCUUUUGUUUAUAGUAUAUGUAUAAAAAACUUAUUCAAAGGAUAACUCAUUAUGGCAGCCCUUAACAAUCUCCGGCCCCGGCACACGCUGAACGUGGUGUUGGUCGCGUGGCCUGGCGAACUGUCAGCAAACGGACUAGGAUAUGAUGGUGAUUUGCUCUCUAUCUUCUCUCACGCUGUAUGAUCUACUACUUCAUGCAAAUAAUUGACGCCUAUCGUUUAAACGCAAUCGCCCACAAAUUCUGGCAGUUUUUUGUAGUUUGUUUUUCCCUACACACAGAGCCUUCUUCUUCCCGCUUCGACUAGAAACUAUGAAUUGGGUUCAUCUAAUCGAGACAUGUUUAUGUGACUGAAGCUACGAUCCGUUCCAUUAUUGGCUCAAAGGUGAUCGCUCGAUUGAUCUCAUAUUUCAAAAAAACGCAAAAACUCCAGCACAAAGAGAUAAAACCACAAAUUAUCAGACUCCGCAUUGCACUUAAACUCUAAACCGAUUAAAAUAGUAAUUAAAAAAAACACUUUGGCUCGCUUCUUCCCCCUCCCUUCAACACAUACUUUUGACUGCUUUUUCCGUUUUGUUCCAUAUUUUACGCGGAAAGGCGGAUUUUACGCGACGCGUGCCCGCAACACGGCACGCACGCACGCAGACACACAAAACAAAAGCAUUUUGCAACUAUUUUUAUCAGGCAGCAUUAGUAGCUUUUUGUAGUUUGUAAAAAAUAUGUAUAUAGAUAGAUUCAUUGCAUAUCAUCGAUGCGCGGAUGUGGAAUGAGAUUUACUCAUGAGAUGCUCAUGCCCGCCCUCCUACUCCUCUUCUACCGGCAUUCGCUCUUUCUCUUCCGUGGCGCAAAGCUACGAAAGAAAUAGGUAAAUAAAAAAAAAGAGAACAAUCUCUCACUCACCCCACGGUGGGCCAAGACGUGUGCAGCAAAGGGCGGUUUAAGCAUUUUUUUAGAGCGAAAGAACACAAACGCAUCUUGCAUCUUGCCGACACGCCAGUUCCUUCUAUCCCCGUGGCAUAGAAAAAAAAGCGCUUCCUAGUGCGCAACGAGGAGCCAAACGGCACACGUGUAUACGUUUAAUAUUGCAAAUUAUCUCCCGAUCUCCGGAUCCUGGUUGGAAUAUUUUUUGUGUUCGCGCUGCUUCGAAGGAAGGGACUAUCGAAGGAAAAACAAAACGAAGCGUUUCCCUCGAUAAACGGGUAAAUGUGUAAAUGUGUAAAAAAAAAAGAAAACUGCUCAACAACAACGGAUCGAUCGAUGUCGGUCAGGCGAUCCUACUACACACCUCACCUACACCUACAUGCUGCGCGCCGUCCUGCCUAUUCCCUAAAUAGCAUUUUCAGUGUGUGUGUGUGUUCCAGCAGGGCAUUGUUUUGAUUUUGUCAAUCUCCUCUCCUCUCAUUCGGUUCUCUGUUAGGUUUUUCUUUUUUGGAAAAUGAAAUACUUUACGUGAGGUAUUUUCGGCUGGUUGGUUCCCGGAGUUGGGAAUGGGGGUUUGAGGCGGGACGUUGCUACUAAUACGUCACUUUACGUCUGAUGCAUUCGGUAUAAGCUUCCCCUUUGCGUUGCUUCGCUAUCACUCAAACUCCUAAUCACUCCCGCCCUGCUCCUGCUCCUGCUUCCUUGCUUCAUUGCUUCAUUGUGUGCGAUUGCUUAUCGCGCAGAGAGUUCUGCCGUGUUUUGUUUGUUGCUACGUUUUGUUCUAUGUUUUGUCCCACACACACAGGGACAUACGCGAUCGUUUUUUUUGUUUUAAUAACGUGUGUCUUCACUGUUCAGCCCUUCGCCCUUCUUCGUAGGUUUGCUCUUUCGUUGAUUUCUUGCUUGAUUGCGUUCGUUUCUGUUUUUUUUUUACACGGCGGCUUUAUCGCGACACCGCCGUUUAUCGCUGAAAAUGGCACACGCACACCACGACGGGACGUUUCUGCCCGGACCAGGGCAGUGAGGGGAAGCGAGUCAGCGCUAUGUUCACGGUUUUUGCUGCAUUUUGGUGUUUGAUUCCUUAGCCGUUUUACGAUUUUCAACAUUCACUCGCCCGCUACCUUCCUUCCAACAUGCUUUUGUUGUCCCCGGUCCUGCUGUGUU